CCUAGCCCUGCGCUCGCUUCUCUCCCCCCGGCCCCCCCCGGCCGGCCUCGGUCGCGCUCGGGCUCGGGCCGAGCCCGGCUCCCGCCGCCGCGAUGGCGCCGCUGCUGGGCCGCAAGCCGUUCCCGCUGGUGAAGCCGCUGCCCGGAGAGGAGCCGCUCUUCGUCAUCCCGCACACGCAGGAGGCCUUCCGGACCCGGGAAGAGUAUGAGGCGCGCCUGGAAAGAUACGGCGAGCGGAUCUGGACGUGUAAGAGCACCGGGAGCAGCCAGCUGACGCACAAGGAGGCCUGGGAGGAGGAGCAGGAAGUGGCCGAGCUCUUGAAGGAGGAAUUCCCUGCCUGGUAUGAGAAGCUUGUGCUGGAGAUGGUCCACCACAACACAAUAUCCUUAGAGAAGUUGGUCGAUACUGCAUGGCUUGAGAUCAUGACCAAAUAUGCUGUGGGGGAGGAGUGCGACUUUGAGGUUGGGAAGGAAAAAAUGCUGAAGGUAAAGAUUGUGAAAAUUCAUCCUUUGGAGAAGGUGGAUGAGGAGACCUCGGAGAAGAAAUCUGACGGUGCCUGUGAUUCUCCAUCAAGUGACAAAGAAAACUCUGGCCAGGUGGCCCAGGAUCAUCAGAAGAAGGAUGCAGUCAUAAAAGAGGAUGAAGGCAGGAGAGAUAGUAUUAGUGACAGGGCACGUAGGUCUCCUAGAAAACUCCCUACCUCCCUGAAGAAAGGGGAAAAGAAAUGGGCUCCUCCAAAAUUUCUGCCUCACAAAUACGAUGUGAAACUGCAAAAUGAAGAGAAGAUCAUCAGCAAUGUUCCUGCAGACAGCUUGAUUCGCACCGAACGGCCACCCAACAAAGAAAUUCUUCGGUACUUUAUCCGCCAUAACGCUCUCCGUGCCGGCACGGGUGAAAACGCGCCCUGGGUUGUAGAGGAUGAGCUAGUGAGGAAGCAUGCCCUGCCCAGCAAGUUCAGUGACUUUUUACUUGAUCCAUACAAGUACAUGACUCUCAAUCCUUCUACAAAGAGGAAAAAUAUUACGUCCCCUGAUAGGAAGCCCUCUAAGAAGCUGAAAACUGAGACCUCUCCAGUGAACCAGGUGCUGAAUCCCACGUUAUGGUGCCAUGUUCACCUAAAGAAAUCCUUGAAUGGCUCCCCCCUAAAAGUAAAGAACUCAAAGAAUUCCAAGUCACCUGAGGAACAGCUGGAGGAGAUGAUGAAGAUGAUGUCUCCUGGCAAAUUAAACACCACAUUUCACAUUCCUAAAAAGGGCCCCAUCUCCAGAAAGUUAGGGAAGAACGGGGACAAACCCUUGAAAACAAAGGGUAGGAGCAAAGGCAUUUUAAAUGGACAGAAAUCUCCAGGAAAAUCUAAAUCCCCCAAAAAGGGCUUGAAGACACCCAAAACCAAAAUGAAGCAGAUGACCCUGCUGGACAUGGCCAAGGGUACCCAGAAAAUGACUCGAACCCCACGGAGCUCUGGGGGUACACCCAGGUCUUCUAACAAGCCCCACAAGCAUCUCCCUCCUGCUGCCCUCCACCUCAUUGCCUACUACAAGGAGAACAAAGACCGGGAGGACAAGAAGAGUGCCCUGUCCUGUGUCAUCUCUAAGACAGCCCGACUGCUUUCCAAUGAAGACCGCGCCCGCCUUCCCGAAGAGCUCCGCAUCUUGGUUCAAAAGCGCUAUGAGCUUCUGGAGCACAAGAAGAAAUGGGCCUCAAUGUCCGAAGAGCAGCGCAAGGAGUAUUUGAAAAAGAAACGGGAGGAGUUGAAGGAGAAGCUGAAAGAGAAAGCCAAGGAACGGAAAGAGAAAGAAAUGUUGGAGAGACUGGAGAAGCAGAGGCGUUAUGAGGACCAAGAGCUGACAGGCAAGAGCCUGCCCUCUUUCCGGCUGGUGGAUACCCCUGAAGGGCUUCCCAACACCCUCUUUGGGGACGUCGCGAUGGUGGUCGAAUUCUUGAGCUGUUACUCGGGGCUGCUCCUGCCCGAUGCCCAGUACCCCAUCACUGCAGUGUCCCUCAUGGAGGCCUUGAGCGCCGACAAGGGUGGCUUCUUGUACCUGAACAGGGUGCUGGUCAUCCUCCUACAAACCCUGCUCCAGGAUGAGAUCGCUGAGGACUAUGGUGAGCUGGGAAUGAAGCUCUCCGAGAUCCCUCUGACGCUGCACUCUGUUUCUGAGCUCGUUCGUCUCUGUUUGCGCAAAACAGAUGUGCCUGAGGAGAGUGAGGGCUCAUACACGGCGGAUGAAAACAAGGAGACAGCCCCCUUUGAGGACAAUGAGGUCCAGGAUGAGUUUCUGGAGAAGCUCGAGACCUCUGAGUUCUUUGAACUGACCUCAGAAGAAAAGCUGCAGAUCCUGGCUGCCCUCUGCCACCGGAUCCUCAUGACCUACUCUGUGCAGGACCACAUGGAGGCCAAGCAGCAGAUGUCAGCAGAGCUGUGGAAGGAGCGACUUGCUGUCCUGAAGGAGGAAAAUGACAAGAGACGUGCUGAGAAACAGAAGCGGAAAGAGAUGGAAGCCAAAAACAAAGAGAAUGGGAAGGAGGAGAAUGGGCUGACCAAGUCGGACAGAAAAAAAGAGGUGGCCAAGGUAGAGCCCUCGGUGGAAGUGGAGGCAGAGGACAUGAUCAGUGCCGUGAAGAGCAGGCGGCUGCUGGCCAUCCAGGCCAAGAAGGAACGCGAGAUCCAGGAGCGCCAGCUGAGAGUGAAAUUAGAGCGAGAAGCUGAAGAGGAGAGAAUCCGGAAGCACAAAGCGGCUGCUGAGAAGACUUUCCAGGAGGGGAUUGCCAAGGCCAAGCUGGUCAUGCGCAGGACUCCCAUCGGCACAGACCGGAACCACAACAGGUACUGGCUGUUUUCAGAUGAAGUUCCUGGAUUAUUCAUCGAGAAGGGCUGGGUACAUGAUAGCAUAGACUACCGAUUCACUCCUCCUCGAAAAGAACGGACAGACUGUUCUGAUGAGGAUGGCAAUCCCCGAAGUAAAAAAACAAGCCUGGGAAAGAAUGCAGGUGUGACUCCGCACCCCGGCUGCACAGCAGAAGGCUCCGUCGAGAGUACCGUACCUAAGCAAGGACAGAACCUGUGGUUUCUAUGUGACAGCCAAAAAGAACUGGAUGAAUUACUGAGCUGUCUCCACCCUCAGGGAAUAAGGGAAAGCCAGCUGAAGGAGAGACUGCAGAAGAGAUAUCAGGACAUCACCCAUUCUAUCCAUCUGGCCCGGAAACAGAACCUUGGCCUGAAAUCCUGUGAUGGCAAUCAGGAGCUCCUCAACUUCCUCCGUAGUGACCUCAUUGAGGUGGCGACUCGAUUGCAAAAGGGGGGCCUUGGUUAUGUCGAGGAGACGUCAGAGUUUGAAGCCAGGGUUUUCUCCCUGGAGAGUCUAAAGGAUUUUGGGGAGUGUGUGAUUUCCCUUCAGGCCAGUGUCAUCAAGAAGUUUCUUCAAGGUUUCAUGGCUCCAAAACAAAAGAGAAGGAAACACCAAGAAGAUUCAGUAGCGAAGACUGAAGAAGUUGACGAAGAAAAGAAAAUGGCAGAAGAAGCGAAGGUUGCUUCAGCCUUGGAAAAAUGGAAGAUAGCGAUCCGAGAGGCCCAGACCUUCUCUCGAAUGCAUGUGCUGCUUGGGAUGCUUGACGCCUGCAUCAAAUGGGACAUGUCUGCAGAGAAUGCCAGGUGCAAAGUGUGUCGAAAGAAAGGUGAAGAUGACAAGCUGAUCCUGUGUGAUGAGUGCAAUAAGGCCUUUCACCUGUUUUGUCUGAGGCCGGCACUGUAUGAGAUUCCAGAAGGAGAGUGGCAGUGCCCAGCCUGCCAGCCUGCCAUGUCCCGACGAAGCUGUAGAGGCAGGAAUUACACUGAAGAUUCAAAUGAUGAGGAUGAUGGAGAAGAGGGGGAUUCGGAGGAGGAGGAAGAGGAGGAAGAGGAAGAGGAGGAGGAAGAUUAUGAAGUGGCUGGAGUUCGACUACGACCCCGAAAGCCAGCCCGGGGCAAGCAUGGUAUCUCCUCUACUUCGAGGCCAGGCCGUCAUGCAGGCAAGAAGUUACAUCCUUCCAGGAGACCCCGGCAGAGGGCCCUGCCAGGAGAUGAGGCCGAAGUUGAUGAGCUGGUGCUUCAGACCAAAAGAGGCUCAAGAAGGCAGACCUUGGAGCUGCAGAAGUGUGAAGAGAUCCUCACCAAGCUCAUUAAGUUCCGAUUCAGCUGGCCUUUCAGGGAGCCUGUGACCACAGAGGAGGCGGAAGAUUACUUCGAGGUCAUCAGCCAUCCCAUGGACUUCCAGACGAUGAAGAAUAAAUGCUCAUGCGGUGCUUACCGCUCAGUGCAGGAAUUCCUGUCCGACAUGAAGCAGGUGUUUGCCAACGCGGAGCAUUACAACUGCCACGGCAGCCACGUGCUGACCUGCCUGGCGAAGACAGAACAGUGCCUCGUGGCCUUGGUGCACAAGCACCUCCCGGGCCACCCAUAUGUCCGGAGGAAGCGCAAGAAGCUCCCUGACCAGCCCUUGGAGGAGGAAGCGGGAGACAGUGACCCAGAGCCACCCGGACAUUCCAGGGGUCGGAAGAGGAAGAAAUAAAAGGAGGCUGGGAUGGUGUCCAGGGUGGCGGCCGGGAGGGCAGAAGACUGAGCGGGCCUUCCAGGGAGGGAGAGCGACUCUUUUCUGAGGCCUCUCCACCGCCGCUGCCACCGCCACCACCACAGAGAGAACUGAUGGCCUGCUUCCGAUAUAAUAAAUGUUGUUAGGCAAUGUUGGUACUAGUUGGCUUCUGUGCCCAGAGUGAUCUCAAGAGGGAUGGAACGGGGAUGGGGGUGGGCACUCUUGCCGCCAUGUUGAAAUUGUUAGGAAGUCAGUGAAAUGCUGAGGAGUUCCCUGGGAAUCCUGUCCCCCUUUGCUGAGUGUUCUCUCCUUUCCAGCCCCCUGGGGGCUACCAUAGAGGGCUUCGAUGCCUUCUGCGGCUGCCUGCAGAGCCGAGCCGCCCCUGCAAGUGCACGUGCCCCCCUCGCCCCCCCCCCCUUAGUGCAGGGGAGGGAUUGCUAUGCUACCAGGACCAAGAGUAACCAGGCCGGUGGGCUGUUGAUUUAAA